GGAAGUUAUUAUGUUGUGUUGUCGAUGGUAGUUGCCUAUGGUGGUUGUUGGGCUGUUUUAUUUGCUGUUUUAAUUUUUGUGUUAUAUUUAGUUUUAUAGGGUAAAACCAAUGGCUGAACCCAAAAUUUCGCCACCGUCUCCUCCAAGUACCAAAUCGUCGCUCGCAAAUGAUGGCGACUGGACUUGUGAUGAAUGUGGAAAUUUAAAUUUUGCUCGCCGAAGUAGUUGCAAUAGAUGCAAUAAAGGUAAAGCGCCUAGUGCAGCGAAAAAGCAAAAACUCGGUACCGAGAUAGGUAAAGCUGCUGCAGAGAAAAGUAGGGGGCUCUUCAGCGCAGACGAUUGGCAGUGCAGUAAGUGUGGAAACGUUAAUUGGGCUCGUCGCCAGCAAUGUAAUGUAUGCAACGCUCCAAAAUUUGGCGAAGUAGAGGAAAGAACUGGCUUUGGUGGGGGUUACAAUGAUAGGGGAGUCGUCGAAUACAAGGAGCGGGUCGAUUCUGACGAUGAGUUCGAUGAGUUUGGAAGGAGAAGGAAGAGGAAAACUAGUAAAGAUAAUGCGAAGGGUGGUAGUUACCAGGAAGACAGCGAUGUGGAAGAGAAAGAGGAAGAAGUUGAAGAAGAAGAGGAUGAGGAUGAGGAAGAUGGUGAUUUGUCAAAGUAUGACCUGUCAGAUUUUGGAGAUGUUGCUGCACCUGAUGAUAAGAUUUGCAAAUCUCGUUCUAGGUCUCAUUCCCCUGUUGCGAAAAAUAAAUAUUAAAAUUUUCUUGUGAUUGUAAGACUGUCUGCACUAAACAUAAUAUGUUGCAUUUCGUUAAUAAUGUAGAAAUGUGUGCUUUUCCUAUGACUUUUUUCAUUGCUGAUGGAUGUCAUUGGUUGCAUUAACUGAAAAAUGGUUACUUUUGGUUAGAAAUGUAGGCUUUUGAUAGAUUGUUCUACAGUAUAUAGGUCCAUAACAAAUUUUAUUUUUGAUUUUUUACCUAUUUUAAAUUUUUUUUGAUAGCUAUAUUUAACUUUUGAUUUUGGGAAAAAGAUUGUAAUGGAUGGAGGCUGAACGUAUUUCCCUUAUGUCUUUUUUAGUGGUAAAACUGCUGUUAAAGGAAUUAUGUUGUUCUCCUGGAUAUAUGUGACUUUUAUUCCGAGGUAUUUAUUAGCAAGCCCUGUUAAUGAUCAUGUAACUUAUUAGGAAAUAAUUAUGGUCUAGUUGUGUUUAUGUUCUUUGACUUGUUUUUUUUGUGUGUCUGACAUAAAUAGAUACCUUUAAUUAUGCAAAUAUUUACAUUUUAUUAUUUAAUUCAAUCAUUAAUAGUGGUUAUGAGCAAUCCAUAUAGGUGCUCAAUCAAAACAAAAAUAGUCAAAUGUAUUCCUAUAGAUGUGUGUUUAAAAAAAGGCAAAAAUGGAGAUUUGGAAUUAAUUUUCUUAAAAAGCUGAAUCAACUUAAAAUAAUUUAAUUCCAAAUGUGUUUGAACAUUACUGAAGAUAAGAUCUUAUUCCCUUCUGAUUUUCAAAAACUAUAUUAUUUAGGUAAAUAAGUGCGAGUAGAAAUAUAAAAUAGGUGCCUAAUUAAAAGAAUUUUCUGCAACAUAUUUAAAAAUUAAUAGUGUAAAUUUUUAACUGAAUAAAUCUACUUAUAAACUUACUAGUUUGUUUCAAUUUCUAUG